AUGUCGCCGAGAUAUUCUCGCCAUCAAGUACCAAAGAAAUUGUUUGAGGGCAUGGGAGAUGUUGAUGGCUACACACGCUCUAUCACUAUGUCUCAAUUUCUCCAUCGACGGUUUAACGAACAAGGUUGGCUCCAGCCUGAUCCGGCCGCGAGACUCACCUCAUCACUAGGAAUGGUGAUGCGUGCAGAGGACAGAGAUGGCGAGGAAGAGGAUGCUAGAUACAUCACUAAGCCCGAAACCGUGGAUUCGGAUCUUAGGGCCAUCAGCGAACAACUUGGUCUUGCAAUCGUUUUCACCAUGUCCUCAGAUAUCACAGCACUAGUUUUCAAGCGAGUUGGUCCUAACGACUCUGAGAUAACGUUGUCUCCAAAUAACAUCACAGUACCGGUUGUCGAGUCGUUGAAAUUACUAGCUGGCGAUCAUAGCAAUAUGAGGAGAAGGGACUUUUGUUGUUUCGUUCGGCAAGAAAAAGUCGUCCUUGUAUGGAGCAACUCGGCAGACGAAGUUUUGCUACAUGCAUCCGAUGUUGAAACGAAGCUUAUGAGUUCGAUCUGGGGAACAAUGAUCACAUCAGGGCAACAAACUCCUCACCAUAACCUUCAUCAUACCGGAGGUCACUCAUCCUGGCAUACAGCAACACCGAGUGUUGUCUCAGGGACGCCAAGCAUGAUACAUGGACCGAUCAAUGAAAAGAAUCUUGUCGCUCUUGACGAAGUUGAUCUGACUGCAGAAGAUGAGGAAUCAAAAACACCAGUGUCACGGCCGUUCCUUCUUUCUCACUCUAUGAUGGUUGGUCUCGCCAUGUGUCUUCUCAUGGUCAUUGAGUGUCUCGCAGUUCGUUUGAUCAUCAUCGAAAUCAAAGCACUUGGAAGCCCGAUGCUUCCUCGUCUCGCUCUUUUAGCCCCGUUGCCUAUUUUCAUGUUCUUCACUCUAUUCUUCACCAUUGUCCUAGUUGGAACAGUGUUCCAGAUAUUUGGUCCGAUGAAUGACGUGAAGCAAGGUAACUCGCGAUACUACAGUUCUCAACCGCCAAAUGUGAAGCGCCAUCCUGAUUUCCAGUUUCCUCAUGUCACUAUUCAGAUGCCUGUGUACAAAGAAGGUUUGAAGGGAGUUAUCAUCCCGACGAUUGAGAGUUUAAUGCCCGCCAUUCGACAUUAUGAGUCGUUGGGUGGAACUGCCAGUAUAUUCGUUUGUGAAGAUGGUAUGCAAGCAGUCACCGCAGAAGUAGCUGAAAUGAGGAAGAAUUUCUACAAGGCGAACAACAUCGGUUGGUGUGCAAGACCGCCCCAUGGUAAAAUUGGGUUUAACCGAGCUGGGAAGUUCAAAAAGGCAUCGAAUAUGAACUACUGCUUGAGUUUCAGUUUGCGAGUCGAAGAUGAGCUAUUGCGGCUCAUGAAGGACAAGGCGGAUGCUGAAAGACGAAGCCAAGAGUCUCUUUCUAUCGAUGAAGAAGAAGAACUGUACCAGCAAGCUCGGCAAACUAUUAUUGAAUUAGACGAAGGAAGGACCUGGGCUGAGGGCAAUGUUCGCAUGGGAGAAGUUAUUCUCCUCAUUGACUGCGACACUCGAGUGCCCGUCAACUGUCUCUCCUUGGGGGCAUUGGAGAUGGAGGAAAGUCCUUCGGUUGCCAUUAUUCAACACGCGUCUGGCGUGAUGCAGGUCAUCAAUAGUUUCUUCGAGAAUGCCAUCACUUACUUCACCAACCUCGUCUACCUGCUGAUCAAAUUUUCUGUCGGCAACGGUGAUUGUGCGCCAUUUGUCGGCCACAAUGCGUUUCUCCGCUGGAAGGCCAUUCAAAGUGUUUCUUUUAUGGAAGAUGGGGUGGAGAAGUUCUGGUCUGAAAGCCAUGUUUCUGAGGAUUUCGAUAUGUCUCUUCGCCUACAGACUGCUGGAUUCGUAGUUAGGUUGGCCACUUACGACAAGGGAGAAUUCAAGGAAGGUGUUUCUCUCACGGCCUUUGAUGAGUUGCUGCGAUGGGAGAAAUAUGCAUAUGGCUGCUCCGAGUUGAUCUUCCACCCUGCCUAUCAAUGGAUCUAUCGCGGUCCCUUUACCGAGCUCUUCCGUCGUUUCCUCUGGUCCAAUAUGAAGAUCUCCGCCAAAUUUACUAUCUUGGGGUACAUCGGCACCUAUUACGCUAUCGGCGCUUCCCUACCGCUUUCAGUGGUUAAUUAUUUUAUUACUGGUUGGAUUGCCGACUCCCUAGAUCACAGCUACUUGCCGAGCUGGGAUAUGCUAUGUGGCACCCUAUUCAUCUUCUUGCUUGUCAGCCCUAUUACCUUUGCAUGGUAUAGACAUCGUCUUGGUGAUAAGAAUCUAUUUUGGGCGUUACUCGAAUCUUUUAGGUGGAUGCCAUUUUUCUUUGUCUUCUUUGGAGGAAUUUCCUGGCACAUUUCCUACGCUCUUCUGGCUCACCUAUUCUGCCUCCCUAUCGAAUGGUCCUCGACGGCCAAGGAACUUGAAGCUGGGGGGUUCUUCGUGGGUAUGGAGAGGAUUUGGCAGUCAUUCAAGUAUGUCUUGUUCUUCAUGGCUUGUCUCACUGCUGGUGUCAUCUAUUUGGCCUUGUUCGCUCCCACUGGGUGGAAAAUCAGUGCGUGGACGAGUAUUUUCCCGGUUGCGAACCAGAUUGUUGGUCACGUACUGCUGCCUGUCAUGACAAUAUUGCUUUAG